AUGCCUGCCCCCUCGAACGGCGCUGCAAACGGCUCUGCAGCUGCAGCAACCACAAGCUCCAACAAAUCGCCGAGCGAAGAGGGUGCUAGCCCCUCUAUAUCCUGGCCCGUCAACCGCCCAGCAAGUCGUGGGAAAUGGACCCCGGAGGUCGACCACGAGAUCCGCCUGCGCGAGCAGAAAGACGUGCGUACCGCGACCGCGCCACAGUUGCAGCAAUACCAACAGAAGCAGAAAGCGCCCAUGUUUCCUAUCGCGGCGCAGGAACUGCUGCCGGGCCAACCGCGCUCGCUGUCGGGCAUUGGUUUUCGCGCAUUCGCGCUGGGACAAGCGCUCGGUCUCAGCCUGGCCGCAGCAGCAUACCUGGCCUUUGUCUCGCACAGCGCAGCGUGGCGCGCCCCAUUCUUCGUGACUACGCUGUCGCUGUUCCAUUUCCUUGAGUUCUGGACGACGGCGCGCUACAACACGCCCUCGGCCAAGACGCGCAGCUUCUUGUUUAGUAAUGGCAAGGAGUACCAGAUUGCGCACUCGACCGCCAUGUUCGAGUACCUCGUCACGCACUUCGUCUUCCCCGACUGGCACGAUAAGGUCAAUUUCGUCGGCUUGACGGCGGUGCUUGGGAUCGCGUUGAUCGCGGUGGGCCAGACGGUGCGGAGCGUAGCCAUGGCGCAGGCGGGCACCAACUUCAACCAUCUGGUGCAGAGCAGCAAGAAAUCCGACCACGAACUGGUGACGGACGGAAUUUAUGCGGUGCUGCGGCACCCGAGCUACUUUGGUUUCUUCUGGUGGGGACUGGGAACACAGCUCAUGCUGGGGAACGUCGUGUGCUUCUUUAUUUAUGCGGCUGUGUUGUGGCGCUUCUUCAGCCAUCGGAUCAUGCACGAGGAGAAGUUCCUGGUAAAUUUCUUCGGAGAAGAAUAUCGCAAGUACCGCGCCAGGACAACCGUCGGGAUUCCUUUCAUUGCAUAG